AUGAUGACAAAAGAGGAGUUCAGCACACGAAUGUCCUUCCAGUAUUCAAUUUUAUUGGAUCUGAUUUCUAAAAGUGACUUUGAAAGCUUUAAGGAGUACGUUUGCUCAUAUGAAUUUUAUGUAAAAUCCUGGACAUCUAAAAGAAUUAAAGAGCAUUUUUCCUCUAAGUCUACAAUACAUGAUUUGGAGGACAAACAUCUUAAGUUCUGCAUCGACCACAUAAAUGCUGCCAUUAAAAAGGCACAGAGAGAAAACACUGACAGUCUGAGAACAUUUGUUGUCAAGAUCUGCACAGAACUUGGUGAUAAACUGGCAAUUUCCCAGGAUCCACUUGACGCCAUCAUGGUUCUGAACAAUGUUGACCAGGAACAGUUUGUUCACUGGCUCAACAAGUGUGUGCAGGAAAUGACAGAAUCUCUUAGAGAAAAGUUUAAAAACACAGAGUUUGAAACAAAACUCUCACUUCUCCACAUAAAACCAGAGAAUGAGCUUUUCAACACUGUGAUUGGUUGUGGCCAACAGUGUCCAUUCUGCAAAAUACCCUGUGAUGCAGGUGGAGAAGCCCACACUCAACACUUUGCUGCUCUGCAUCGACCACAGGGUUUAGGUCAGUUCAGUUGGGAAAACUCAAAUAAACUCUCGACUGACAUCUGCUCUUGUCUUGUUAUCAGUGACGGAUAUUUUCGCUGCAGUGACACAAAGAAUGAAUACCAUCCUUACAAAAGAUAUAGGGAGAUUUACCCAGACUGGAAUAUUUUUCCAGAUGGAAGCCUUGAUGCGUCAGAUUAUUGGAAAUAUGUGAUGAACAAGUACAAUGAGAAAUUUGCUAAAGCAAAUGAUGCAAAGCCUGCUGACAUUCCUGAUUCUUGGAAGAAAAUCACAAAAGAAGAGGCAGUGAAAAGCCUCAAGAAAUCAUUCAAUAUCAAGUGAAGUUAUAAUACUUUUAGUUGUUUGAACAUAACUGAUUUUUGCAUGUAGAGUAUUUUUAUAAUUUUUUCUUCUUGCUUUAAACUCUCCUCAUUUACUCAUGUAUUUUGUUUUGUAGUAAAGACAAAAUAAAUUGCUGAAGCCUCUUUUGCUAUAGCUUCUUAUUUUUUAAAUUGUUCAUUUAUAAUAGGAUUUCAUCAUUAUUCUAUUUUUUUUUAUCAAAUUUAGUUUGCAAAUUAUUUUUUCUGAAAAUUUUUACACUCUUGUUUGAAAAACGGUUUGAAUUUGUUGUACUGUAUUAGAUGAAUAGAUGAUGAGUUGUAGGAUAAAUGUAAUCGUUCGACAUUAAUGAUUCAAUGCUUUGAUGUUCACAGGAAAUGUCAAAUUUAGCGUAACUGCCCUAAUUUAUGUUUGGUCAAAUUAGAAUGUAUUUAAGUAACUUAAAAUCAGGCUUUAUGAUGUCGUUGAACUGAUUAUAUUUUUCUGUCUAUAAUUAGGAUCUGUUUUGUAUUUUAAAUGUCUUUAGAUUACAUUUGCUGUGAAUUAGCUCUAUAUGCAGAACACUAAACUGAAUUAAUUUUGAUGUCAGGAUCUUUUUAUUUUAGUUGUUUUUUGCUAGAUGGGUUUAUUAAUGUUAUGAAAAAAAAUUCGGAUCAAUAUUUUAUGUCAAACACUCUUUUUGUCAUCAGUUAUUACUAGAUACAGUAUAUUGUUAGCAUAAAAUUUUAUUUUUACAAUUAUUUUUGAUACAAUCAUAAGGACUUUGGCUUCAACUAUGUUUUGUUCUGAGUCUUAUGUUUUCAGUUGUUCCUCUGUUUUGAUAUUUAGUUCUGUAUUAUCGAUGUUCAUUUGAGUCUCCUUGUUUUAUGGUAUUGAUUACUCCACAGUGUGUAUUGUUUAUAUUGUUGUUUCACUUCAGCUUUUUAUUUAUGCUCUACUGCCAUUCAUUGUUUUCAUUUUGUCCACCUAAAUAAAUAUGUGACAGAUCACACCUCCACUUCA